AUGCCUAUUUAAUUUAUAAAAGGCGAAAUUUAAUAUAUCUUAAUAACAUAAUAAAUAAAGCUAAAUCAGCUUAAAGCAGCUUUAUUUUUUAAUUUUUAGAAAGCUUUAAAUUUAAAAAACCCAGUUGUCUCAAUUUUUGAAAAGCCUAAAAUAAUUUGUGAUGAAGGUGCAUCUUGCUUAGGUUCUGCUUUAGCAAAUUGCAUAAAUCUCUCAAAUUUGACAGUUAAUCUAGAUCGCAAUUAAAUUGGUGAUAAAGGUGCAUCAGGCGUAGGUUCUGGUUUAAAAAAUUGCAUAAAUCUCUCAAAUUUGACACUUUAGCUUAGGGACAAUUAAAUUGGUGAUGAAGGUGCAUCAGGCUUAGGUUCUGCUUUAGCAAAUUGCAUAAAUCUCUCAAAUUUGACACUUGAAAUUAGUGGCAAUUAAAUUGGUCAUGAAGGUGCAUCAGGCUUAGGUUCUGCUUUAGCAAAUUGCAUAAAUCUCUCAAAUUUGACACUUGACAUUAGUGGCAAUUAAAUUGGUGAUGAAGGUGCAUCAGGCUUAGGUUCUGCUUUAGCAAAUUGCAUAAAUCUCUCAAAUUUGACACUUGGCAUUAGUUACAAUUAAAUUGGUGAUGAAGGUGCAUCAGGCUUAGGUUCUGCUUUUGCAAAUUGCAUUAAUCUCUCAAAUUUGACACUUGGCAUUAGUUACAAUUAAAUUGGUGAUGAAGGUGCAUCAGGCUUAGGUUCUGCUUUUGCAAAUUGCAUUAAUCUCUCAAAUUUGACACUUAAUCUAGAUUCAAAUUAAAUUGGUGCAAUCGGUGCAUCAGGCUUAGGUUCUGCUUUAGCAAAUUGCAUUAAUCUCUCAAAUUUGACACUUAAAAUCGGUUACAAUUAUAUUGGUGAUGAAGGUGCAUCAGGCUUAGGUUCUGCUUUUGCAAAUUGCAUUAAUCUCUCAAAUUUGACACUUAAUCUAGACCCUUCUUAAAUUGGUGAUGAAGGUGCAUCAGGCUUAGGUUCUGCUUUAGCAAAUUGCAUAAAUCUCUCAAAUUUGACACUUGAAAUUAUUGGCAAUUAAAUUGGUUAUGAAGGUGCAUCAGCCUUAUGUUCUGCUUUUGUAAAUUGCAUUAAUCUCUCGGAUUUGAGACUUAACAUCGGUUACAAUUAAAUUGGUGAUGAAGGUGCAUAAGGCUUAGGUUCUGCUUUAGCAAAUUGCAUUAAUCUCUCAAAUUUGACACUUAAAAUCUAUCACAAUUAAAUUGGUGAUAAAGGUGCAUCAGGCGUAGGUUCUGGUUUAAAAAAUUGCAUAAAUCUCUCAAAUUUGACACUUAAUCUAGAUGGCAAUUAAAUUGGUUAUGAAGGUGCAUCAGCCUUAUGUUCUGCUUUUGUAAAUUGCAUUAAUCUCUCGGAUUUGAGACUUAAGAUCGUUGACAAUUAAAUUGGUCAUGAAGGUGCAUCAGGCUUAGGUUCUGCUUUAGCAAAUUGCAUAAAUCUCUCAAAUUUGACACUUGACAUUAGUGGCAAUUAAAUUGGUGAUGAAGGUGCAUCAGCCUUAUGUUCUGCUUUUGUAAAUUGCAUUAAUCUCUCAGAUUUGACAGUUAACUUUAUGGACAAUUAAAUUGGUGAUGAAGGUGCAUCAGGCUUAGGUUCUGCUUUAGCAAAUUGCAUAAAUCUCUCAAAUUUGAGACUUGACAUUAAUUACAAUAAAAUUGGUGAUGAAGGUGCAUCAGGCUUAUGUUCUGCUUUUGCAAAUUGCAUUAAUCUCUCAAAUUUGACACUUAAUCUAGAUGAAAAUUAAAUUGGUGAUGAAGGUGCAUCAGGCUUAUGUUCUGCUUUUGCAAAUUGCAUUAAUCUCUCAAAUUUGAAACUUAAUCUAGAUGGCAAUGAAAUUGGUGAAAUGGGUGCAUCAGGCAUAGGCUCUGCUUUAGCAAAUUGCAUUAAUCUCUCAAAUUUGACACUUCGGAUUGGUUAAAGCUUAAUGAAUGAAUCAUAAAAAAUCAAAGUAUUAAACAAGUAUCUUAAAUUAAAAAGAUUAGUUGUCUUUAAUUUCAUUAUAAAAACAAUUAACUAGUGA